UAUGACUCGGAACAUUUGUAGAGGCACGCGUGGAUAGAGAUAUAGAUUGGAUAUUCUUGGCUCUGACUUGCAUUGACUAAAACACCACCGGACCAAACGAAAUGGGCAACAACUGUAGCAGCGGCUCAACAACCCCGUCCGACCGCCCGGCCGAAAACGGCAUCAGAAUCAUCCCUCCGGAGCCCAGACCCUCCGAAACCGCGUCCUCUCAAAAUCGAGGUCAGACUCGCCUGGGCCGCGUCUUGGGCCGGCCAAUCGAGGACGUCCGGUCCACCUACACCUUCGGACGCGAGCUCGGCCGCGGCCAGUUCGGUGUCACCUACCUCGUCAUCCACAAGCGGACUGGCGAAAAGUUCGCCUGCAAGUCCAUCGCCACGCGCAAGCUCAUUAACCGUGAUGACAUGGACGACGUCCGCCGUGAGGUGCAGAUCAUGCACCACCUCACCGGCCACCGCAACAUCGUCGAGCUCAAGGGCGCAUAUGAGGACCGCCACUCCGUUAACCUCGUCAUGGAACUCUGCGCCGGCGGCGAGCUCUUCGAUCGGAUCAUUGCCAAGGGCCAUUACUCCGAGCGCGCCGCCGCCGGACUCUUCCGCCAGAUGGUCACGGUCGUGCAAAACUGCCAUUCCAUGGGGGUGAUGCACAGGGACUUGAAGCCGGAGAACUUCUUGUUCUUGAACAAAGAUGAGGAUUCGCCGCUCAAGGCCACUGAUUUCGGGCUCUCUGUGUUUUACAAGCCAGGAGAUGUAUUUAAAGAUCUUGUUGGAAGUGCGUAUUAUGUAGCUCCUGAGGUGUUGCGUCGAAAUUAUGGAACUGAAGCUGAUAUUUGGAGUAUUGGGGUGAUUCUAUAUAUUCUACUUAGUGGGGUCCCGCCUUUCUGGGGAGAGAAUGAACAGUCUAUAUUUGAUGCUAUUCUUCGAGGACAUAUUGAUUUCUCAUCUGAUCCAUGGCCGUCCAUAUCCAGUAGUGCGAAAGAUCUUGUAAAGAAGAUGCUACAAGAAAAUCCUAAAGAACGGCUGUCAUCUCUUCAAGUCCUACAUCAUCCAUGGAUGAGAGAAGACGGGGAUGUAUCUGAUAAGCCUCUUGAUAUUGCUGUUUUAACUAGAAUGAAACAAUUCAGAGCAAUGAACAAGCUCAAAAAAGUAGCUCUAAAGGUAAUUGCAGAAAAUCUUUCCGAAGAAGAAAUCAUUGGCUUGAAGGAAAUGUUCAAAUCUAUGGACACAGAUAACAGUGGAACAAUCACUUUGGAGGAGUUGAAGGCUGGCCUUCCUAAACUGGGCACCAAGCUUUCUGAGUCUGAAGUGAGGCAGUUAAUGGAAGCGGCCGAUGUUGAUGGAAAUGGGACUAUUGAUUACAUUGAGUUUAUAACAGCUACCAUGCACAUGAACAGGAUGGACAGAGAAGACCACUUAUACAAAGCUUUUGAAUAUUUUGACAAGGACAAGAGCGGUUACAUCACAAUGGAGGAGCUGGAGAAUGCCCUUAAGCAGUAUAAUAUGGGAGAUGAAAAAACGAUUAAGGAGAUCAUUGCAGAAGUUGACACAGAUAAUGAUGGAAGAAUCAAUUAUGAUGAGUUUGUAACCAUGAUGAGGAAAGGUAAUCCAGACUUGGUCACAAACAGACGGCGCAAAUGAGCUUGAUGUAAAUUGGCAUAUUUCGGUUGCCUCAACCACUAUUGGCAUAUGCGAGUGUCGAUUCUAGAUCAUGUAUUGAAUCUCAAUAUAUCUACCUCGGUCGAGCAGUCCUUGCUGUCUGAAAUUGUUUGUGGAUUGUCCAUAAGGACUAGAAGAAAUGAAAUCGCUUGCCAUCAGUUUGGGAUGA